AUGUUCUCCACAGCCCUGAUUCUCGAUUCCAUUCUAAUACUGCAGUCUGCAAGUGGUAUUUCAACAACAGAAAUUAUGACGAGAAGAUAUCGGCAACCAACGCCCAAGACCUACAUAUGCGGCAAAAAGAACAUCUUCAAAACCAAGAAUACCAAUGAUGGAGAUGUACAGUCGUGUACACAAUUCACGCCCAUACCGCCCCACCUCCCGACGCCCAUACCGCCCCACCUCGCUACGCCCAUACCACCCCACCUCGCGACGCCCAUACCACCCCACCUCCCGACGCCCAUACCCCCACCUCCCGACGCCCAUACCGCCCCACCUCGCGACGCCCAUACCGCCCCACCUCGCGACGCCCAUACCGCCCCACCUCCCGACGCCCAUACCGCCCCACCUCGCGACGCCCAUACCGCCCCACCUCGCGGCGCCCAUACCGCCCCACCUCCCGGCGCCCAUACCGCCCCACCUCGCGACGCCCAUACCGCCCUACCUCGCGACGCCCAUACCGCCCCACCUCCGACGCCCAUACCGCCCACCCCCCCCCCACUCCGACCCCCCCCACCUCCCGACGCCCAUACCGCCUCACCUCCCGACGCCCAUACCGCCCCACCUCCCGACGCCCAUACCGCCCCACCUCCCGACGCCCAUACCGCCCCACCUCCCGACGCCCAUACCGCCCCACCUCGCGACGCCCAUAGCCGCCCCAACCGCUCCCGACGCCCAUACCGCCCCACCUCCGCGACGCCCAUACCGCCCCCCUCCCGACGCCCAUACCGCCCCACCUCCCGACGCCCAUACCGCCCACCUCGCGACGCCCAUACCGCCCCACCUCCCGACGCCCACCCCUGCCGCUGCGCCAUUGCCUGCUAG